GUCUUCCUUAGGCAGGCGCACAUCCAGCCCCUGCCCUCCUUCCGCUUUCCUCUACCCGAAUAAAAUUCCCUCCCAAGAAAACAUACCAAUCCAUUCAUCCAGCGGCCCACCAUCCGUCCAGGGAAAAGAAGGAAUAAUCAAUCAAUCAAUCGGAGGAGGAGGAGAGCCGGAAGCCAGCGCGGUUCGAUUCCUUGCGUCUCCUGCCCUGCCUGCCGCGCGGCGACGUCUUUGCUUCCUUCCAGGUUGCGUCGCGGAAGAAGAAUCUGAGUGUGAGGAGAAGAGGAGAGGUUCUUGGAUUGGUAUCUCGGUGUGUUGGGUUGGGCUGCGUUGCACGCCAAGACGGCGGCCAAGAAGAUGCGGGUGCUGGAGGACGACCUCUUCCCCUCCACCCCGGGGAAGGUCAAGAUCGAGAGGGCGGGCGCCAUGAACCGGCAGCUGCACCGCUGCUUCGCGUCGACAAGCACCAUGUUCCUCUGGGCGCUCGUCCUCGUCGCCAUGACGGCGUCUUACCUCAGCUUCCAGUCAUUCGUCGACACCUCCUCCAAGUACUUCGCGGUAUCCUGGGGCGGCCUGCACUGGGAGCGGCAGAUCCGCGCGUCCGCCGCGCCGAGGCGGCCGCCUGGGUCGGCGGCUGGGGCGGGGAUGUCGGUGCUAGUGACCGGCGCGGCGGGGUUCGUCGGCACGCACUGCUCGCUCGCGCUCCGCAAACGCGGGGACGGCGUCGUUGGGAUCGACAACUUCAACGCGUACUACGACCCCUCGCUCAAGAAGGCGCGCAAGGCGCUGCUCGCCUCCCACGGGGUCUUCGUCGUGGAGGGCGACAUCAACGACGGCCGCCUCCUCGCCAAGCUCUUCGACGUCGUGCCAUUCACGCACGUGCUCCACCUCGCCGCGCAGGCCGGCGUGCGCUACGCCAUGGAGAACCCGGCAUCCUACGUGCACUCCAACAUCGCCGGCCUCGUCACGCUCCUCGAGGCUUGCAAGGACGCCGAUCCCCAGCCAGCCAUCGUCUGGGCGUCAUCCUCCUCCGUCUAUGGCCUCAACGACAAGAUCCCUUUCUCGGAGCGCGACCGCACCGACCAACCGGCCUCGCUCUACGCGGCGACCAAGAAGGCCGGCGAGGAGAUCACCCACACGUACAACCACAUCUACGGCCUCUCCAUCACCGGCCUCCGCUUCUUCACCGUGUACGGGCCCUGGGGCCGGCCGGACAUGGCCUACUUCUCUUUCACCCGCAACAUCCUGCAGGGGAAGCCCAUCACGGUGUACCGCGGCAAGGACCACGUCGACCUGGCCCGCGACUUCACCUACAUCGACGACAUCGUCAAGGGCUGCCUGGGCUCCCUCGACACAGCCGGCAAGAGCACCGGCACCGGCGGCAAGAAGCGCAGGCCGGCGCCCUACAGGAUUUUCAACCUCGGCAACACCUCGCCCGUCACGGUGCCCAACCUGGUGUCCAUUCUCGAGAAGCACCUCCGCGUGAAGGCCAAGAAGAAUGUGAUCGAGAUGCCUGGCAAUGGCGACGUGCCCUUCACCCACGCGAACAUCACCCUCGCGAGGGAGCAACUCGGGUACAAGCCGACCACCAACCUCGACUCCGGCCUGAAGAAGUUCGUCAAGUGGUACCUCUCCUACUACGGCUACAGCAGGGGACCCAAGAACUUGCGACAAUAAUCCGUGCUAAUUCUUCGUCUGAUUCUCUUCCUCCUCAUUUUUUCCCUCUUUGGCCCGGCCGCGGCCACCACUCCCGACUCAAGCAUUGACAUUCUUGUCUCGAUUUUUUGGUGGAAAUAUGUUAAGGUAUUCUUUGAGGAGAGAAAAAAUUACUUUGGGGGGGGGGGGGGGAUCCUUGGUGAGGAGAGGGAGGAAGAAGAAAGCAAUGGAGUGCAACAUUUUCUCUUCUUUUCUUUCUUCAUCUUCCCUUCUGUAAAUUGGACAGGGAUCCCUGACUUCAUGUCGCCGUGACUCACGUAUGAGACUGAGCCCAUAUGUCAGUGAUGACAUCAUGACGUGAGGAGAUCCCGAUCCCUGAAAAUUGGUUCUCCAUUCCAUGUAAUCUCGCAUUCUCCGUGAGCUGAUGUGUUGACGCUAACUA